AUGCCCCACCGGUGCCAGGGGAUGCCGGCAUGCCGGUGCCCGCCUGCCCGCAGCUCCCUGCCCUGAUCCCGCUGUCAGAACCUGGCUGUGCCAUGGAGGACCCGGCCGACGCCAGGGCCGAGCCGUGGGGCGAGGGGCUGCACAACAGCAACAACAAUGCUUCCCCGGGGGGGUGGCCAGGUGCCCGCAGUGGGCACGCCCUGGCACCUUUCGGUGGCCCCACGGCUGAGCCCAGUUACCUGGGCCGGGUGGUCCUGGAGAUCGUGGAGUCGGAGCGCACCUAUGCCCGGGACCUGCGCAGCAUCGUGGAGGGCUACCUGGGCAAGAUCAUCGAUGCGGAGGAGCCGCUGCUGCGGCCGGAGCAGGUCAGCGCCCUCUUUGGCAACAUUGAGGACAUCUACGAGCUCAGCAGCGCCCUGCUGCAGAACCUGGAGAGCUGUGCCAGUGACCCUGUGGCUGUGGCUGUCUGCUUUGUCACCCGGAGUCAGGAGUUUGCCAUCUACACCCAGUACUGCAACAACUACCCCAGCUCGGUGGCAGCGCUGGCAGAGUGCAUGAGGAGCAAAGUGCAGGCACGGUUCCUGCGGGAGUGCCAGGAGAGGCUGCGCCAUGCGUUGCCCCUUGGUGCCUACCUGCUGAAGCCUGUCCAGAGGAUCCUCAAGUACCAUCUGCUGCUCCAGGAGAUCGCCAAGCACUUCGAGCACAAGUCAGGGGAGGACUACGAGGUGGUGCUGGAGGCCAUCGACACCAUGACCUGCGUGGCCUGGUACAUCAACGACAUGAAGCGCAAGCACGAGCAUGCCAUCCGCCAGCAGGAGAUCCAGUCCCUGCUGCUGGGUUGGAAAGGUCCAGAUCUGACCAGUUAUGGGGAGCUGGUGCUGGAGGGCACCUUCCGGGUGCAGCGGGUCCGGCACGAGCGCUCCGUCUUCCUCUUCGACAAGACCCUCCUCAUCACCAAGCGCCGCGGCGACCACUACGUCUACAAGAGUCACAUCCCAUGCUCCUCACUGAUGCUGAUCGAGAGCACGCGGGACUCGCUCUGCUUCAGCCUGGCACACUACAAGCAUGGCAAGCAGCAGCACAACCUGCAGGCCAAGAGCGUGGAGGAGAAGCGCAUCUGGACCCACCACAUCAAGAGGCUCAUCCUGGAGAACCACCAUGCCAUCAUCCCCCAGAAGGCUAAAGAAGCCAUCCUGGAGAUGGAUCUGUUCUACCCCCCACGCCUGCCCCGCUGCAGCCCUGAGCGCCUGAAGAAGAGUUGGUCCUGCCAGCCCCUGGGUGACACCGUGCCCGAGCUGCGCCAGGGCCGCCGCCAGUCUGAGCCCACCAAGCAGAUCCUGCAGCACCUGGGCGAGCAAGGGCUCAAGGUAAGGCCAUGGGUUCAGGGUGGGUUGGGGGUGCCCAGUGCCUCCCAGCUCUGGCACACUGCUUGCUGGGGGUGGGGGCAGUGGGCACUGAGCCUGGCACUGCCCCCCCAUCCCCUAAGCAGCAUGCAGACAGUGAUGGGGCUCUACUGGAGGUGGGGGAACCCCAAGCACCCCCCAACCUGGGCAGUAGCUGAAGGUGUGAUGGAGGAGGAAGAGGAGGAAGAGGAGGAGGAGGAAGAAGCUUUGGGCAAGAACUGCCAGGAGGAGCUGUCCGGGCUCAGGGACCUGCUGGUGGAACCCCAGGAGGUGCAGGCUGGGGGGCACCUGCUGGCACCAGAGGGACCCAAGCGGCCGAGCAGCUGGGGGCCGGGGAGCUGUGAGAAGGUCAGUGCAGCCCCACAGCCCCCACCCGGGGGCCUCCAGGGACCUGGCGCCCACCCCCCCACCCCUCAACAGACUGGCAGCACCGGGGAGCACCCUGAGGGGUCAAGGGCAUCCGAAACCCCAUCUUCAGCGGGCACCCCGGUGCUGCCCGCGGAGUCAGAGCGUGCCACGGAAGGGCUGAGCAGCGAGGAAGAGGAGGAGGAGGAAGAAGAGGAGGAAGAAGAAGAAGAAGAAGGAGCUGCUGGCAGCAUCUUGCCACCUUCGGUGCUGGACCAAGCCAGCGUCAUCGCCGAGCGGUUCGGCGGCGGGGGCAGCUUGUCCCGCCGCAGCAGCCUGGCCCUGGCCAGCCGCAGCGGCAGCGCCCUCAGCUUGGACGGGCUGUGCCCCGCGGAGAGCGGGGAGCCCGGGGGGUCCCGCAGCACCGUCCCUUCUCCCGAACCCCUCGCUGGAGCUCGCCGGGAGUCGACGCUCUCCAGCCGGGACCGCUUGCUGCUAGAGAAGAUCCGGAGCUACUACGGGCACGCCGAGAACCACGAUGCCAGCUUCAGCGUGCGCCGCCGAGAAAGCCUCUCCUUCAUCCCCAAGGGGCUGGUGCGCAGCUCCGUCACUCGCAUCAACGCCCUCCCGCGCCCCCCGGCCACCCCCUCUCACCCCCCCAGCCAACCGGCCCCGCUGGCAUCCCCGGAGGCGUCACCGGAUGAGCCGUGCCAGGAGAACGGGCUGCAGCCCGCCGAGCCGCUGCUCAUCGUGGAAGAGGAUGAUGAUGUGGCCACCAAGCCACCAACCGGGACACCACCACGGCUGCUCCUGACGCCCCCUCACCACCCUGGCACCAAGGUGUACCAGCUGGCACGGCAGUACAGCCUCCGCAUCAAGAGCCGCCGCGCCGGUGGGCACCGGCGCCCCCCGCUGCAGCCCGAAGACGGGGACCCACACGUUGGUACCCCCUCGGUGGCCGUGCCACACGACGGGGGGCUGGCGGUGACCCCCUCCCCGCUUGCCCCCCGCAGCCCUUCCAGCCCCGUCGGGGCCGAACCCUUCGCCUGGCCGGACGUGCGGGAGCUGCGCGCCCGCUUCGGCGCUCCCCGGCCGCCACCGGUGAGCCGCAGCCGGUCGGCACCCGAAGGGCCCUGCCGCGGCGGGCGCCCGGCCGAGAAGGAGCGAGGCAGCGGCCGGAGCCGGAGCGCCGAAGCCGGUGGAGGUCCUAGCGCCGCCCCUGAGCCGGCACCGGCGCGGCACGGCAGCGACGGGGCGCUGUGGGUGGCAGCGGAGGCUCCGCUGGGUCCGGGCCAGCGAGUGGUGGUGUUGGAGAGGGUGCCGGCGCCCGGCGACGCCCCUGCCUACGUGCAGAUCCGUUCGCCCACCACCCGGGAGAAGAUCUGCUUGAAGGCUGUGGUGGAACGGUGCAAGGCUUACCAGGCUUCCGAGGAGUACCGGCGGCGGUGCCCCGAGCCCCACGAGGCCCCCGACCCCCCCGAGCCCCCCCGGCACGGCCUGGUCAGGGACCUGCGGCAGAAAUUUCAGACCCUCGAUGCUGCCAGCUAGGUGGGACUGUGAGGAGGGGAGGUGUCCCGUGGGCAUCCAGGGGAAGGAGCACCUCACGGACCCCCCAACUUGCCCAGGAGCAGGGGCACCACAUGGACCUCCAGUUCAUCCAGGAGAAGGAGCAGCCUGUGGGCCUCAAGUCUACUUGGAAGAGGGGGCAGCCCAUGGACCCCCAGCUUGCCCAGGAGAAGGGGCACCUUGUGGACCUCAAGUAUACUCCAAAGAAGGAGCACCCUCUGGACCUCCAACUUGCCCAGAAGAAAGGGCACCACAUGGACCUCCAUACUACCUGGAAGAAGGGUCAAGCCCUGGCCCUUCAACAUGCCCAGGAAAAGGGGUACCCCUUGGACCCCCAGCUCACCUAAGAGAAGGAGCACCCUGUGGAUCUCCAACUUCUACAGAAGCAGGGACACCCACAGACCCUCAGCUUGCCCACGAGAAGGGGUACCACACAGACCUCCAUGCUACCUGGAAGGAGGGACAACCUCUGGCCCUUGCCCAGGAGAAGGGGCACCACGUAAACCCCCAGGUCACUUAGGAGAAAGAGCACCCUGGGGACCCCCAACCCACCCAGGAGGAGCAUGCUCUGGGUCUCCAACUUAGAUGGAAGAAGGGGCCCCCACGGACACCCAGGUUGCUUGGGAGAAGGUGCACUUUGGAGACCUCCACCUGCUCAGAAGGGGCAAGCCAUGGACCUUCAGGUUACUUGGGAGAAGCAGCACCUUGGGGACCUCCAACCUGCCCACACACAAAGGCUCCUUGUGGACCACCCCCCUCCUCCCCCAGCCUACAGGAGAAUGGACAUCUUGGAGACUUCCAAGCUGCCCAGGAGAUGGGGAUACCCAUGGAGCUCCAGGAGGAGGACCCUGCAGAACCUCAACCUGCCCAGGGGAGUGCCCACCCAUGGACCUCCACCUCACCCAGGAGAAGGAGCUCCUCCAGGACCUCCAACCUACCUGAAAGAAGGGAGCACCUCAUGGACCCUACAGCCCCUCGACAUACCAAGAAGAAGGGGCACCCCAUGGGCACCCCCUGUGCCCCCCACCCACCUCUGGUGGUGCCCAUCACGGUGCCCAACUUCAC